CACGUCUCCCUGGUGCAGCUCACGCUGCGCUCCGAAGGCUUCGACACGUACCGCUGCGACCGCAACUUGGCCAUGGGGGUAAACCUCACUAGCAUGUCUAAAAUACUGAAAUGUGCUGGCAAUGAAGACAUCAUUACCCUAAGAGCUGAAGAUAAUGCAGAUACCCUGGCACUAGUAUAUGGAGUGAAAUUUUCUGCAAGUGGAGAACUUGGAAAUGGAAACAUUAAGUUGUCUCAAACCAGUAAUGUUGACAAAGAGGAAGAAGCUGUUACCAUAGAGAUGAAUGAGCCUGUUCAGCUAACUUUUGCACUGAGGUACCUGAACUUCUUUACAAAAGCCACACCA